AUGUCUCAUAAUGAUCAUCCUUCAUCUCCAAUGGUAGAUGAUGAUCCACCAAUAUCAACCCAUUCAAGUCAUCAUAUAAGUUCAUCAUCCUCAACCUCAUUUCACAAUAUAAAUAAUAGUAGUAAUAGACAACAUCCAAAUAGUAAUCGAAUGAAUAUACCAAAUAAAUCAUUAAAUAAAAUAAUGGGUGGUAAUGGUAGUUAUGGAGUAGAGUCAUCACCAAUGUCAAUGUUUGUAAACUCAUCAUUAUUCGAUUCACCAUCAUUAAAGAGUACACCAAUUUUUGGAACUACACCAACUGGUACCACGCCAACAAGUGGCAGUUUUAAUAAUCCAUUUUUAGAUCACCGUUUCGAUUCAUCGUUCAGCAAUUCGCCAACACGUUUGUUUUUCGAUUUUAGUUCAAGUAUGUAUUCUAAAUCGCCUCAACAUCUUUUACCACAUCCAUUAACCCCACGUGGUUCCAAUGCCCUCAAACAGGGUGACGAUUCAAUUAUAAUGGAGGAUGGCUCAUUGAUUCAAGGUAUUAAUAAUAUUUUAAGACCGUCCAAUUCAACAUCACCAACCAAUACAACUGUAAAUAGUCCACGUGGUGGUUAUAGAGGACCAGCACACCAAUUUUUCCAUCAAUCACCACCAAGUUAUAAUGGUGGUUUCCAACAAUUAUAUCAACAACAACAUUACCAACAACAACAACAAUUACAACAACAACAAUUACAACAACAACAACAGCAACAACAACAACAACAGCAACAACCACCACAACAAAAUGGCCAAAGCAAUCCACAACAAAAUAUCCAACAACAAAAUCAUAGCCACCACCAAUCCUCAUCAUCCCCAUCCCCCUCCCAUAAUGGCCAUCACCACCCAACCCACACAUCCAAACAACAUCAACAACAACAACAUUUAAAUUCUGAUAACCACCACCGUAAUGUAAAGCAUUUGGAUGGCAACGUAUCAGAUAAAGAAAAGGAUAGUAGAUAUACUUUUCAAACUAUUUCAUCAAUCUCAAGUACUCUCCAUUCUAUGAAUCACAGUGCCGAUCAUGUAGUAGAAUCAGAUUCAGAGAUUGCAAGUGAGGAUGAUCGUUUAUCAUCAUCUUCAAGUACCGGUUCAUCUAGAGCAUCGUCUCCAGAAUUUGAAAUUGAAACUUCAAAAGAUAUCCAAAUGAUGACAGAUUCUGAAGAUAGUUUCCAAUCAUCAAGCAAUAUAAUGUUUUCAUAUAACUCUAAUAAUAGUACCCCACCACAACAUUCAAUAAAUCACCAUCAAACCAUUUCACAUCUUCACCAUCACCACAGUACCAAUAACUCACCAAGACAAUAUUCCUCACCCUCGCUCCACCAUCACCAUCAUAGUAACAGUAUGAAUAGCAGCCCAUCAAACUCUAAUAAUAUAAUACCAACCCAUCCAGCACCACCCACAUUAAUGUUAAAUAAUAAUAAUAGUAAUAAUAUAAAUAUAAAUAGCACUAGCAAUAGAAUUGUUGUAAAUAUUAAUCAUAAUCAUCAAACAAAUAGUACCACCAAUAGUAUAAAUAAUAUUAUAAAUAAUCAUAAUAACCAUAAUAAUCAUAAUAAUAAUAAUAAUCAUCAUAGUAGUAACAAUAUCAAUAUAGCAGGAAACAAUAGUAAUAGCAAUAAUAGUUUUAAUAAUAACAAUUCCAAUAACAACAAUAGUGGUAGUGGCAAUAGUAAUAAUAGUAAUAAUUAUAGUGAUGAUAACGACAACGAUCAAAAGAAAAAGAAAAGAAAGAAAGAUUUUGACGAUGGUGGAAGAUGGUGCCAUCAAUGUAAAGCACUCAAGUAUCAAUAUAUUCAAUGUCAAGCAUCAGACUUGGGUAAACCUAAAUGUAAUAAGAGAUUUUGUUCAACUUGUUUAUUGAAACAUUACAACAGAGAAGUUAAUAUUUUGAAGGAUGGUCCACCCUGGGAAUGUCCAUUCUGUCUCAAUACUUGUAUUUGUGCUGCCUGUAAAAGAAAAAGAGUAACAUCAUAA